GCGGUUGUCACCAUAGGUCACUAGGUGGUGGCUAAACGAAUUUUAAUGGAAGCGCUUGUGCAAUCAGUGAGUGAAGUUGACGCUCUCUUGGGAUACGAACGUCUGCUGGUGGAAAUAUUCACGACCUAUUUCCUGAGCAUAUUUACGCUAUGCCGGGUGAUCUCAUCCACAGAGCCGUCGUCCCAUCAGCCCCUCAACAUUAGAAGUAAACUACCAUUCGUAGUUGUCGACUUGGACAGUAAAGCCCUAUGGAUCGAUAACAGCUCGAUGCUCGAGGCCAUCAAUUUCGGUAGUACCGUUUUUAUCGUUGACGAGAAUGCCGCUUUGCUGUUUCUCGACAACUUCAUACGAAUGCAUGAUGAAGCCAUGUUUCGAAAACCGGAAAAAUAUGUCAUUAUGACAAUGCGAUCCACCACCGAACCAAGAACAACCGAUAUUAUAAAGGCUAUCCAAAGCCACCCGGCGAUCGAGGAAAUCGCAAACCUCCUACUUAUUGUCCCGAAACAAGAUCGAUAUGAAUUUCUCACCCAUAGAUACGUCGGGAAUCUGCCUGAAGCAGUGGACCUUCUGCUUUUGGACACGUAUUUCCCAAAGAAUGGUUCCUUUUUGGAAGGAGCGUCGCUAUUCCCGGACAAACUUAAGGAUCUGAUGGGGAAAACAUAUCAGCUAGCAUCGUUCUAUUUGUUGCCAUGGGUCAUGCCUCGCCAGACCGAUUCAGGCAUCGUUAAUUAUCUGAACCAGUCGUACACGAUCGAUGGUUUGGAUGGAUACCUGCUGGUGUUGUUCUGCCAGCGGUUGAACUGUACCUGGGAUCUGUUGAUCGAUCAAUACUGGCAGUAUGGGCAGGUGUUCAAGAACCACACUGGCAAUGGAAUGGUCGGAGCACUGGCCGAACGGAAAGCUGACUUUGCACUGGCUGCCGUUGGAGCCUGGCAUCAGCUCUACCGUUAUUUCAGUUUCUCGAUUCCGAUUCAAUGGAUUGGGAUUACUUGUUUGCAACCAAGGCCGACAUUGAUCGACUACUGGAAGAUCGUAUUCAUGAUGUUCUCGUCAACUGUUUGGGCUGUUCUGCUAUUGACAUUCUUUUUAGUCGCUCUUUUGGACUACUACAUGCCGAGUGAUGUCACCAGAUGGUCUCCAAAUCGAAGAGGGUUUUCGUGGAGUCUCAUCAAUGUACUUGGCGCUUUUCUUCUGCUACCUUUUGAAAUGAGACGUAAUCGAGCUUCAGAAGUUAUGCUUUCGGUGGCACUAUCAGCUUUUACAUUGAUUGUAGCCUACGUCUACAUUGGCAAAAUUCACAGUAUUUUGGCAAUCCCAGUAUACGAACCUGCGAUCGACACCAUCAUUGAUUUCGCCGGAAGCAAACUCCGCUGGAAUGCUCCCCAUGAAGUGUGGAUGUACCUCAUUGCGGAAAGCGAUAACCCACACAUCAAGCAAAUCCUGACUAAGUUUCAUGUGUCCCCGGUUCCUCAGCUGGAGGCUAUUGCAAACCGCGGUGCUGAACCAAUUGUCAUGGCCAAGCUUCACUUCGGCCAUUCGAUGGUCGGCGAAUGGUUCACCGCGGAUAACAUCGAAAACUACCGGCUCAUGUCGGAUUUCCUCUACUACGAGUACGACACUGGGUAUGCGACCAAGACGUGGCCUCUUCUGGGCCAGUUUGAUCAUCUGUCGAUGUGGUACCGGGAUGGUUGCCUGUCGCGAUUUGUCGAACAGAUGGACGUAUUCCGGUACAUGAAUCAACGGGUACAGAUUUCGAUCGAACACUCGAGAGAUCGUCCUCCGAAUAAGGUGAAAGUGAUGGAGGUUGAUGAAAUCGAGGGAGGAUUGUUGAUGUUGGGAAUCGGCUAUGCGAUGGCAAUCGUUGCUUUUGUGGGUGAACUUGUAGUGCACGCAGCAAAACGCAAGAAGAUUGUAAGACGACUAGCCAUGAAGUGGAUGAAUCGAUCGAAGGGAAGGAAUUUGAUGGAAUGAUUAAAGUUAUACAGCAAAAGAACUUGAAAUUCUUAUAAAAUUUAUCUUACUAGGUAUACAGACACAGAAUGGUUGGUCAGAAAAAGUUUAGAUCGUUAUAGGAUAAUUAGCCAAAUGAGUGAAAUAAAACUUGAAUGCAACAAGUUAUAUAAUGAUGAUUUUUCAGCACGAGUCGUACAUUUAUCCAACGAUGGUUGCCGAGUUAAAUAAAUACGAUAAGUGCAGAAAAAAUCGAGUUUUGCAACGAGUUGCAUACAUUUAUUACAUUUACAUUUAGGUUACAUACUUCUUCAGCAUAAGGUACGACUGAGUAUCAUGGUCAAUCAAUCUCAUUUAACAUGCAGCUCAUCCUACUAUUGAUAACACAUACGUAAGGUGAGAAAGCACUCAAGUCUUACGGAGUUCUUCUCAAAAUGUAUUGUAGAGGAGAUCGGGACAAAAUAGACACCCGGGCCGAAAUUGAUACCCCUGUUUUUACCGAAACCAUUGACUUUUUUGUAAAACCUUUAAUGUAUAAAUGUAAAGGAACAAGUCGUAGUCCUAAUUUUUGAAAGUACCAUUUAUAUUCCUCCAAAAUAAUCAAAAUAUCUUUAAAAUUGAAAUAAGUUUUUCAUAUGGUAAAAUUCUUAUAAUUACAAAGCAGCAGCAAAUAAGGCAUCACGAGUGUUUGAGUGUGUCCACCAUAAAAACAAGUGUAUCUACAUAUAUAUGGAAGAUUAGCAAUGGAUGAAGUAUUAUAUUUUUGAUAAGAAUUUACUCAAAAUAAAAAAUUUUAAAUUGUAGUCGAUUCGGGGUGAAAUGAACACUGGCAAUUACAAAUGGAUGUACGCGCAUUGCAUAAUGUUAGCAUAAAAAUCAAUCCCAUUGUUUCAGCCUAAAGUUUAUUUAAUUAACUUAUAACAGCUUAUAAACUCGUCUAAGAUGGAGCAUUAUAUCUGUGGUAUUGAUCUCGGUAGGCAAAUUACUUAUCUGGUCGAUGUUAUCAAAGAUACAGCAUAAAAUAUGCAGGGGUGUCCAUUAUGCUCUGUACCUUUCCUACCAGCCCUGAAAAAACACACGGUUUACAAUUCAUUAUUUCUUCACAAUAAAGACAUUCUGCCUGCUGUAAAUGAUUGAAACACGUAGGAAACAAGCUAAAGUUGUAAGCCAACUGAUAAUAUGUUAAGUUUUUCUCUGUUAUACAGGCCUAACGUACUCAUUCGCUUGAGGUAUCCAUUAUGCCCCAAAUCCCCCUAAUUUCAGUAGCUUUUAUGGUGUGUUGAGGAACACUUCUCUCACAGAGCUCAUCGUGUAGUAUGUAAGGUGAGUAGCUAAUACUUCUGGUGUCCAUGGUUCGAGUCUGGAUAAAAUCUUUUUCUAUUUUUUUAUCACUCCCCUUCGUUUGUGUUGCAUAACAGUUCAGAAUCUGCGAUUUUUGGGUUUCAAAAAUGAAGCAAUUGUGACCUAUCGCACGUAAUACGGACAGCGAAUAAAUUGCACUAAGGUUGCUGUUACUGGCUUAGAAACAAAUCGUGUUGCUUGUGCGUCCAUGUCUCGUGUCUGUAAUAGACCACCGGUAUUAUUAGCGCCUUGUACAUGAUACAUUUGGUGCAGGGGUGAAUCUUUUUUGACCACAGUUUCUUGUAGAACCCGUAGUAGGCACGCCUCACUGCACAGUGCAGUGGUUCACGAACCAGAUUUACGAGGAAAGAUGCAUUCAACGCCUUCAAAUGAGCUUUUAGGCAAAUAUGGUCUUCUACAAAGUUGUUUCUAAUAAUAAGGCCCUCUUUCCAAUGUGCAUGAGAAAUAGGGUUGUCCAUAUUUCCAAAGAAAUUGCUAAGCAAACUUUUUUAUUUGCAAGAAUAACUAUAUACAUUCUUCGGGAAAGUUGUAGAUCUAUCUAUUUUGAGCAAUUUUGCUUAAGACACUUUUUAUGUAGCUUUAAAAUUGACAGAUCUACUGUUAUUUUCUGAAUUAGCUUAGGGUGGUUCAAGAAAAACCGGUUUUCUGGCGUUAACUGUUUCUGUUUGAAUUUUUCAUCAAAGUCGCCCAAGAAACACUUGUAGAGCAUUUGAAGACGCGUCGUUUCGUGAUGGUCGUUAUCUCUUUUGGUUUAAAAGUUACAGGCGUUUUUCUUAAAAAAUCAUAGUUUUUUUUAAAAGGCGUUAUGACGGGUUGAGGCAAACAUAAAAAAUAUAUUUUGCCCGCAUUCAAAAGAAGAAAUGUUGUUAUAAAACAUAUCAAAAAAUUAGAGGAGUGUUAUUUUUGUAACUUAAGUGAAAAAUACUUGAAAAGUGCCUAUUUUUCUAGAAAAUCAUCAAUAUCUUUUGAACGGAAUGACGUAGCAACAUUUUCAGCGCACGAAAAUGCGCGUUUCUGGAAGCUCUAAAAGUGGUUCUUAGGCGACUUUGACGAGAAAUUUGAAGCAAAAAAGAUAAAGCAAUAAAACGACUUGUUCUAGCGUCACCCUAUGAAAACUAUGGGAAAAUGCUCAAAAUUUGGUCAAAACAGUUUAAACGCUUUAUUUUUUGUUUCAAAUUUCUCAUCAAAGUUGUCCAAGAACCAUUUUUAGAGCUUUGAAAAACGCACAUUUUCGUGCGCUGAGAAUGUUGCUACGUCAUUCCGUUCAAAAGGUAUUGAUGAUUUUCUAGAAAAAAUAGUCACUUUUCAAAUAUAUCUCACUUGAGUUACAAAAAUAACACCCCUCUAAUUUUUUGAUAUGUUUUAUAACAACAUUUCUUCUUUUAAAUGCGGGCAAAGGAUAUUUUUUUAUGUUUGCCCCAACCCGUCAUAACAGCUUUUUACAAAACUAUAAUUUUUAAAGAAAAACGCCUGUAACUUUUGAACCAAAAGAGAUAACGGCCAUCUCAGCACACGAAACAAUGCGUCUUCGAAUGCUCUACGAGUGUUUCUAGGGCGACUUUGAUGAAAAAUCGAAACUGAAAAAGUUAACGCCAGAAAACCAGUUUUUCUUGAACCACCCUAAGCUAAUUCAGAAAAAUAUCUCUAGAUCGGUCAAUUUUUAAGCUACAUAAAAAGUGUCUUCAGCAAAUUUGCCCAAAGUUGAUAGAUCUACAACUUUACCGAAGAAUGUAUAUAGUUAUUCUUUGCAAAUAAAAAAGUUUGCUUAGCAAUUUCUUUGAAAAUAUGGACCACCCUAAUUUUCAUGUAUAUUGAAAAGAGGGCCUUAAGGACUGUUCAUUAAAGAAAGUGGACAUCUGUUUACCAAUAGUUUAGAGUUAAAACUAAACAAAAAAUUGUGAAUUUUUACUCAGUGUGUAAAAGCAUUGUUCACUUCGGCAACACACUCAAAGAAAACGAAAAAAGUAUGAAAUUUCGAGCGAUAGUUCGUAUUAGCUUUGCGACUAGCUGAUUAAUUCUGCACAAAUGGUGUUCCAAAAAGUUGUCGUUUCGAGAAUUGGCUUACUAAUACAAUUUCGGGACCGCAAUUUUUUAACGCUAAGCAGGGGACAGAUGUGCCGGAUGAUGUAGGGUACAUCAGAACUGAAAAAUUUGGGAAAAAGUUUUUAGUGUGGCAAGCCAAUUGUUCAUCUGGCUUAAAGAUUUCUUCGUAUUUCACAACGGGAACAAUCAACGGUGAAAAUAACAGACAGGGAUGCAUCAAAAAUCGACUUCUACUUAUCUACCGGAAACAUACGGAUCCUCUUUUGUUUUAGGCGGAUCUGGCAUCCGCUUAUUAUGCUUCUUCUAUACUAGAGAUGCUCAAGACGGAAAAAGUCGAUUUUGUCGAAAAAUGGCAAAAUCCACAAAACUUCUCUGAACAGCGUCCUGUGGAAAGAUACUGGACAAUAAUUAAGCGGCAUCUUAAGAAAGAUGGAAGAGAAGCAAGCUCUGUUGAUUGAUUCAAAAAAAUUUGGCCUGCGGCACAACAAAAAGUUACGGAGAAAGUUGUGCAGAAUCUAAUGGGAGGUAUCUAGAGGAAAGUCCGAGCGUUCUUCCGAAAAGCGAAGUAAAUGUUCAAACUCACGUGAAUUUGGCCACAUGUAUGUUGAUUGUCAUUUAUAAAAAUCAACUUAUGAAUUUGUUGGAAAAUACAUAUUUUCUAUUGAAAAACAGGUGUCCACUUUCUUUAAUGAACAGUCCUUAUUUUUAGGAACAACUUUGUAGAAGACCAUAUUAAUCUAGAAAAUCAUUUGAAAGCGCUGAAUGCAUCUUUCCUCGUAAAUCUGUUUCGUGGACCAUUGUGCACUGGCGCAGUCUAGUGCCGUGCACCAUUGACAGUUGCAUAAAACUUUCGCAUAUCAUUCCUGUCCAUAAUGUCCUGCGCUUUAGCAAUCACACUCUCUUCGUGCUGUCGUUUUUUUACUGCAGUGGAUUCGUUGUUGAGCCGGGUACCGGCCACUAAAGCUAUGUUCACUUAGAAUUCACCGGAAUCAUGUCACAUUUUCUAGUGGCGCUCUCAAUGAACAUAAUCAUCAUUCUUUUGCAGCACUCUGAUCAUACACUAAUCCUCUUUAAAUGGUGAAAAUUUCAUCGAUUUUCUUGCAACGAGUGAAAAGUUAUUUCAGAUUGAAAACAAGAGGAGGAAAAAAAUCUUGCACUAACACGUUGAAAAUUUAGCGUGGUCAGGUACGACAGUCGCGAAAAAUGUUAAUAUCGUCAAAACCAUUAUGUGUUAUGUGCACAGAUGUUGUUAACCAUGGCAUAAGGAAGUGUCCUCGGAAGAAAAAAAGCUUGGGUUCAUUGAUAAAUCUGCUUUGAAUUUGAAGAUUUGGCAAGAAGUUCGAACUCUGGGCAUGGUUUUUUCGCAACAAGAUGAUGAGAACCAAUUCAUACAAGGAUGACAGCCUCAAAAAUCGCGUGCUGCUUUUCAAAAACGCACACAAGGGAUAUGUAGAGGUUUUACCUAUUUUGAUGAGCUGCCAUGACAGCCGGAGACGUUCAGUGGUGUCGUCACAGAUGGGUAGUGUUUAUCAACGAAAAAACACUCAAAUUUCGCGUUUUCUCAAUUCACUGAAUUGCCCCUCAUUUCACAAUAAAAAAAAGCUUGGCAAUUUUUCUUCGGAAUCCUAGUCAGACUAGUCAAGGCACUCAGGACACUGCAUAGAUGACCUGAUUGUUGAACAAACGUGCGGAAGGGGUUGUUGCUAAAAUUUACCACCGUUGUGCAGAUUUUUAGAGAGGUCAACACUGAAAAAGUGAGAAAAUGUGUGAAAAAUAAAAAUAAAUAAUUUCAAUGAUAUUUUUACAUGAAAGUACAAUAAAUAACCUUUGUUUUGAAGGCUUCACCUUUUAUGUUUGUUAUUCCAUCCCUAAGAUAUACGUGAUUUUGUCAUUCCGGAUUCUAAAUGAACAUAGCUUUAGCAUUCGUCUUCUGGUUGUAUUCUUUUCGUUCGGCACUCGUUAGCACUCCUCCUCGAUCCUACCAAAAGGGAAUGAUAAAUGUAUGUAAAUUAUAUGAUUAUGAUGGAUACUAAAUAUCUCAAGUAGAUCCCUAGUUAACCACGUUGAUACCACUAUUAAUCCAAUAGUAAUUUCUUUUUAACACCAAAAUGUAAGUUAUUACCUUCUUUAUAAUACCUAAAACAUAACUGAAAACAAAAUUCUAGCUUUGAAGUUGCAUUGAAUGUUUCUGAAAAACAGGAAGAUAUUUGUCUCGCCUCAACAUAAACUGAUUCAGAAAAUAUUUUCGUUGUUUUCUAAUCUGCUUUUGAAUUAAGGACAGCUUUUGCAGUUUAUGACAAUUACAAAAUGCUUGUGCAUCUUCAAAAUGUACCUGGGACUGAUAUAAUAUGUAACGUGAGCUGUAGUACUCCCAGGCCCGGAUUUAAGAGGGAGCAAUGGGGGCAAGUGCCCCGGGCCCCCCGAUUAGAGGGGCCCCUUAAAAAAACCUGAAGCACAAUAAUCAGAAUUUUUACUUGAAGUUUUUUUAUUUUUUGAUAAUUGCACAUCAAAGUCCUAAGUUUCAAAUUGUUGAUGCAAAAACAUUUUUCUCUUUCGAUUAAGCUUAAAACCUAUAUUUUAAUUGCUAAAUAAUCCAACCGUAGAAUUUAAGUAUAUUUCCCAGCAUUACUGUUUUGAGGGAUCAGUUUUAAUGCUUGGUUGCAGCAAAUUCAUAUCUAGAGAGGCCGUACCGUAUUCUAUAAUCAGGUAAAACUGUAAUUUAGGUAUACGCGAGUUUCUACAAAAUCUCCUAGAAGUUUAUGAUAAAUUUAGAAGAAAACGUUCUUAGAACUUUAAGUUACAACAAAAAGCGUAUCUAACAAACUGCUUUAUAUACAUCUGCAUCAGUUUGUUGAGGACAAAUGUUAUCAUGGGAGAGAGAAGAUAAUAAUUCCUGGAGAGUUCGGAAUAUUUGGCUCAGUUUGGGAAACCUAGUUUUCAAAAAAACAUCUCGUGAACAUUUCACUCGAAGAAUAUUACAAUCUGAACUGAACGCUUUAUUUUAAAGUUUCCAUAAAUCUUGUAAAUUCGGAUGAAAGUUUAAAAUAUAAAGUUGAUUAUGAAAGUUUAAAAUAACCUAAAUACGGUACUUGACAUUUUAGCAUAAAUAUUGAAAUAAAUGUUCGUAACAUUUGUUUUGAUUUUUUAAAUAAUCUGCCGAAAUUUUGGAGAUAAGGUUUGGAAAAGGUAUACUUUUUAAAUGUAUCCUGUAUGAAUGAACAAAACAGUUGUGUGACAUAUUUUUUUCCUUAACCGUAAAAAAAAACAAAAAAAUAAUAAUACACAACAUUGAAAAGAAAUCGAUGCACUUAUGUUUAAUAUAUUCAGACUCUUGUUUUUGGGGGCCCACAUUAUAGGGUUUGCCCCGGGCCCCCCGAAGCCAAAAUCCGGCACUGAGUACUCCUGAUUCUACGCAACGGCUGUUGGGGACCCAAUACAAUAAACAACAUCUCUAAUUACAGCUUUUAUUGGCAAUUAUUUUACGUCGACGGAGCAAAUAGAUUAGCUCUGCAAUGUUUUUUAUCCAAUUCCCUCUAGAUUGACUUGACUAUGCCUCAUAUUUAUUUAUUUACGCUAUGGACAGAUGAUAUGAGAAAAUAAUUUACACAUGCUAGCAUGAUAUCCAUAAAUUUACUUUGAAAAGUACCAUAAUACUUACCUACAUCCUUUGGAGUGGUUUCAAAAUACAGUCUAUCAAGAUUGAUGAUAACAAUGUACUAUCUCAGAUAUUUGGUCUCCCAAGAAGCAGUGUACAUUUCGCAGGGCAAGCUAAUCAGCCAAGUUGGUGACGUGCUCCACGCAUUUUCAAAAUAUUCCCUAUUAACGCAACGUACUUCUUGCAGUGGCCACUUACUUCCUAGAAGUGUACACCAUUUGUCGUAUUGUCAAUCAAACGAAAUCCUCACUCAAACCAACCUUGAACAUUCCGUUCCGGUUACCGAUCGCAGUCGUUC